UUUGAGAAAGAGAGAAAAAGGGAAGAAAAGAAGAAGAAGAAAGGGGGAGGUCGUCAGUGGAAGGGAUUACGCAUUGUGAGAACCAUGUCCAUUUGCUGCUACUAUUAUUGGGUCUGAAAAGCAGUAUCUGCAGUACCAGGGCCCUUAGUUAACCAGACUGUGUGUUUUCUUCCACACCAUGAUGAUCUCUGUUGGUAGCAGCUGUUGAAGAGUGGCUUAAAGAGAGAACAAUCACGCAUGAAGAAUGACUGUCUACAGCAACAGGCCAACAGCAGGGUGGCCAGCCACCUCUCUGAGGUCCUCGCCACAUCACUGUGUCUCUCUGAUGCUCAGAGGAACCUUUUUAAUGAACCAGUGACAUCUGUACCUCUGUGCGCUAACCACUGGGAGAGGCUCAGAAAAUGGAUCAGCGGACGAUCACAAUGCGGUGUCCUUGUCUGCUGGACUUAGUUAUUAUCCUGUCCUUGACAUCAUGCUGCAUGUUGAGUGAGGCGAGAGCUCCACACAGUCUGGAGCCCGACCACCAGCUUGGCCAGGGGUCUCCCACCACAGCUCUACACCAGAGACUCAGACGAGGCUGGAUCUGGAAACAGAUUUUUGUCCCAGAGGAGGACCCCACUCCAAGCGUGAUUGGCCAGCUAAAAUCAGACUACGACAGAGGGGAUUUCUCUAUCAAGUAUAUACUGUCGGGGGAAGGUGCAGGGGAGAUGUUUGAGAUUAAUGAAUAUUCAGGAGAGAUUCGUACAUUGCAGAAGCUGGACCGCGAAGAGAAGGCCUUCUACCUCCUGCAGGCUCAUGCCCUUGCUCGGAAGUCCAACGAACCCGUGGAGCCCCAGUCAGAGUUCAUCAUCAAGGUCCAAGACAUCAACGACAACAUCCCCCAGUUCCAGAACGAGCCCUAUGUCUCCAGCAUCCCUGAGAUGUGUCCCAUGGGGACUAUCGUGGCCCAGGUGACAGCUACAGAUGCUGACGAUCCCCUGUUCGGAAACAAUGCCAAGCUCAUCUACUCCAUCCUACAGGGGGAGCCCUACUUCUCUGUGGAGCCCAAGACAGGCAUCAUCAUGACCUCGAUGGCCAACAUGGACAGGGAGGCUAGGGACCAGUAUCUGGUGGUGGUGCAGGUGAAGGAUAUGCUGGGACUGAGCGGUGGUUACUCUGCUUCCACCACUGUCACCAUCAGCCUGACGGACGUCAAUGACAACGGACCCACCUUCCAGCACAACCUGUACACCUUUGCUGUUCUGGAGUCUGCGGCGGUGGGCACAACCGUGGGCAGGAUCAUGGCAGACGAUGGUGAUGUGGGCAUCAACGCCAGGAUGAACUACAGUCUAGAGGACCUGGAGGAGAGCGCCACCUUCAAGAUCCAAACGGAUCCAGUCACACAGGAAGGAGUGGUCCUCCUGGCCAAGCCUCUGGACUAUGAGAGCAAGCGACGGUUCGUAAUGUCUGCGAAGGCUGUCAACGAUCACAUAGACACCCGCUUUCUGAGCUACAACGAGUUUCAGGACAGGACGACCCUGAAGAUCGUCGUCGAGGACGUGGAUGAGCCCCCUAUCUUCAUGGCGCCCGAUUAUGAGUGGAAGGUUCUGGAAAAUAUGGUGGCGGGGACCGUGGUUGGUACCGUCAGCGCCAGAGACACUGAUGCAAUCAACAACCCAAUCAGAUAUUCCAUUGACAAAAGCAGUGAUAUCACAAAAGCUUUCAAAAUAGACCCAAACAAUGGGACUGUAACUGUUGCGAAACCUUUGGACCGUGAGGAAGCAGCCUGGCACAAUCUAACCAUAAAUGCCAAGGAAACAAAGCAGAACCAUCUAUCCUCAUCUGUGGUGGUGUUCAUCAAAGUGCUGGACAUAAACGACAAUGCGCCAAUGCUUGCCAGAGAGUACCAGCCAUAUAUCUGUGAGGGCACACAGUCAGGAGAGCUCAUCCAGCUGAUCAACGCUGUGGAUCUGGACGACCCUGUGGAGGGACACCACUUCUACUUCUCCAUGGUCCCUGAGAAGAACAUCAACCCUAAUUUCACAAUCAGGGACAACCAAGACAACAGUGCUAGCAUCCUGGCACGGCGGAGCUCAUUCACCCGUAGGGACCGUGCCCAGUACCUGCUGCCCAUGGUGGUGGCGGACAGUGGCUCCCCAGCCCUCUCCAGUACCAGUACCCUGACCAUCAGCGUGUGCAGCUGUCAGCCCGCCGGACACUGCCCCACAGGCGGGGUGGAGGCCCUGGCCAUCUCUAUUGGGGUCAGCCUACAGACCCUGCUUGGCUUCCUGGUCUGCCUGGCAACACUCACAGUGCUGUGCAUUGUAAUGCUGAUGCUGAGGAGACACCGGAGGAAACAGCUGGAGGGGCUGGGGAGAGCGGAGAAGGAGCUGGAGCUGCCUAAGGGGGUCUCAGAGAAGGUGCUGCACUAUGGAGAAAUAGGAGGCGGAGGAGGGGGUGACCUGGGGGGAUUCUGUCAGCCUGCUGUCCCCCUUCGUCCCCACCCCCGCAGGAGGGACAGGAGGCUCCGCAGAGAGGAGGUGGCAGCCAGUAUCAGAAUGUCGAUGUCUCUCCGCCAUUCCCUCCUCAUCGGCCCCGAGGACGAUGUCUUUAAACAGUUCAUCAUGGACCGGCUAAAUGAAGCAGAUCAGGACCCCUACAUGCCGCCAUUUGACUGCCUGAAGACCUACGCCUUCGAGGGCACAGGGUCGUCCACGGGGUCCAUUAGCUCCCUAGAGUCAUGGGACUUUGUGGAUGCUGACCAAUGUCCCCGGGACCCCGGAUCACGCCUUGUCAGACUGACUCUCUGGCAUGGGGGAGCGGAGGAGGAGACAACCUUCUGAACAGCUAACAUUUGUUUUACAUUUUUUUUAUUUAAUUAAUUUAACGUAAUAACAUAUAUAAUAGUACAGCACAUCCCUGAACUCAAUUCUGACAUCCUGAUGAAAGAGACAAAUAAGUUCCUGUUUUCUUCCUCUGUAUGGUUGAAAACAGUGGAGCUAGCUGUAAUAAUUAUUAUCAGUGUUAUGACAGUUAUAUGUUUUUGUUGAACAGGCAGUUUCUUGAUAUUUUUUUAACAGUAUUUAAGCAACAUAACUUUCUAUACGUGACCUCAUUCUGCAUUAGUUCUAAAGAUGGGUAACACAUUCUAGUAUUUGAACCUUCCAUGACAGUGUCAUAAGCGCAUCAUAACUUUCUUGACACAUGCCAGAACUUUCUUGGCAGAUGAAUUAGAUAGGACCUGUAGCUACACAGCAAAUUCUCCAGUGUGAGAAAAACCAAAUGAACACUGAGAGUGUUACAUCAACACUUAAAGUGGUCAGUCUGUGGAACAGUGUUAAAAUAACACACUGCUUAGUGUAAAUCCUUAUUCCAAUAUUUCCCAGGGUGCCUUGUCUUUCGAGUAAAUUGUAUAGUUACCACUCAUGCCUGUAUUUGUUAGUGACAGAGACAUGGUUGUUGUAUUCAUCCAUUUUUGGUCCUAUAGGCAUCACCAAGUGACAUCCUAUGCAAAUAUGUUAUAAAAAGUUAUCUUUAACACAAUAGCAUACAUAUAUCAUAAGGCCUUAUUUUGAGAGUUUCACCCUAAUACAAGUGCCUGAAAGUCCUACACAUCGCUUUAAACCAAAACCACGCCCAUCAUUAUCAUAUUGUUUGUUUCAAUAUCUGUUUGUGGACGUACAUUGAUUGAUUGAUUCAUUAAUCCAUCUUAUGCUACUCAAAUAUGAAACCAAAACCAUUUUCUAAACUAAUCCAAUAUGUUACUUGGGCUUAUUGCACCCCUAGGGAGUCCCAUGGCUUUUGGUUUUUCCCAAACAGUCAUUCUUAAUGCAUUUUGAGGGUGACAAGAAAAUGCGACAGUUGGAUAUCCCCACACUGGCAGGAUUCCAAUAGGAAUUACACACACUUUGCAAGCCAACAUAAUGUGACUUGCAUACCUAAUGUGGCCUGUAAACCAUGAGUUCCAGGCCAUUGCAUUACACACUCAUAAAAGGUUGUCACUGUAGUUCAAGAGUGUCAAACUCAUUCCAUGGAGAGCCUAGUGUCUGCAGGUUUUUCUUUUUUCCUCUCAAUAAAGCCCUACACAACCAAGUGUGGGGAGUUCCUUACUAAUUAGUGACCUUAAUUCAUCAAGUACAAGGGAGGAGCGAAAACCCACAGACACCGAGUUUGUACCCUGUAAGGCAGAACUCGGUAUCGGUACCCCCUGUAUAUAGCCUUGUUAUUGUUAGUUUAUUGUGUUCCUUUUUAAAAAACUUUUUUUACUUGAGUUUAUUUAGUAAAUAUUUGAUCAACUCUAUUUCUUGAACUGUUUAAAAAAAUAGAAUAAAAUACAUUUACCCCUUUUUCUUCCCAUUUCGUGGUAUCCAAUUGGUAGUUACAGUCUUGUCUCAUCACUCCAAGUCCCAUACGGACACAAGAGAGACAAAGGUCAAGAGCCGUGCGUCCUCCAAAACACGACCCAACCAAGCCACACUGCUUUUUGAUAUAAUGCCCACUUAACCUGGAAGCCAGCUACACCAAUGUGUCUGAGGAAACACUGUACACAUAGCGACUGUUUCAGCGUGCAUGCGCCUGGCCCGCCACAGGAGUCACAAGAGCGAAAUAGGACAAGGACAUCCUUGCCGGCCAAACCCUCCCCUAACCUGGACAACGCUGGGCCAAUUGUGCUCUGCCCCAUGUGUCUCCGGGUUGCGGCCUGGCUGCAACAGAGACUGGACUCAAACCAGGAUCUCUAGUGGCACAGCUAGCACUGCGAUGCAGUGCCUUAGACCACUGCACCACUCAGGAGGCCGCAGUGUUGGUUAAGGGGCUUGUAAGUAAGCAUUUCACGGUUAGGUAU